GCGGGUUUCUUCUUCUUCCUCACCCCUGCAGCUCCCAAAAAAGAAGCCCAAGCACUGACUUCCAUUUCUUGAAAAAAUCAGCAAAAGCUUAAAAUUUUCCCUUCUUUUCUCAUUAAAGAGCAAAAUUAGGACUUAGAAAUCUUCCCCCCCCUGCAGAAAAUUUCAGAUCUGCUGUGUUUCUUCCCCUUUGUCUGUCCGCUGUUCUGCUGGGUGUGAAUCCUUCGGGAAUUUCGUCUCCGUCGGUCUCCAUACCCGCCAACUCCGGUUUUGGCUGCUGGAAAAAUUCUGGUUCUUGAUCUUUGGGGCACUUUAGUACGUGGAUUGAGUCUUUGGUUUUAUGCGAGUGAGGUAAGUAAAUUAUAGUAACGUUCUUUGAUUUUAAAGCAUAUUUUAAAUUGUUUUUGAGAUGGUGGCAAGGUUUAAACUAAUUUUAUUAGUAUCGAGCAUGAUUGGUUUGAAAUUGAAUUAUUUUCAUUUUCAUUGAGUAAGAGCAUGCCUACUUGGAAUUUACUUAACUGCCCUGAUGAACUAAGAAUUUUAUAUGGUCACGUUAUUCGUGUGUCCACUAGUGGGAGGUUUAUAAAUGCUAGCAUAUGUUGACAUGUUACUGAUAGAACCGGUUCGUUUAUGUUAUUGUUAUCCUGCUAGUGGGAUUAUACACUAAUUCGUGUGCCUACUAGUGGGAGGUUUAUAACACUGGCCAUGACCUAUAGAGGAGACAUCUAUUUCAUUUCCGUAUUCGUAUCUGUUUUUCUUGAUUAUACUUAUUGGUAUGCUAUAAGUUUAAUUAAGGGUUAUCCAUAUUUACUUACUAAAUUAUCUCAUAAUUUUCCUUGUUCACCAUUUUAGGAAACGAAGUCAAGGACAAGGAAAAAUGAGGGGACUGACGAGUUAAAAGGCUAGGCAUCUUGUAAAAUGAACAUAGAUUUUAGAUAUAAAUCAUGAUCUUGUAAGCUAGACUUUAUUUGAAGAUUUUAUGAUAUUAGAGCAAAUUUUAAAAUUUUAUCUUCAGAUUUUGUGGUAUCAGAUUGUGGUAUGAUAAAGUUCAGAGCCUUGUGCAUUUGUGGGACUCUCUCACAAGUGUACGGCAUCUAUCGCGCCUCGAAUUUGGGUUUUGAGGCUUGACAUGCAUGAAAGGAGAGGGUCAUUGGGAAAUUUUUUUUUUUUUUGCUUUUUAGAAAAGUAAGCAGGAUGCCUGCAUCCAGAUUCCACAC